AUGGCGGGUUUGUGGAGUGUCGGUGUCGGUUUCUCUGAACAGCGUCUGGUUGAUGCAGCAUGCAAGCAAAUGCAGAAGCUGCCUUAUUCACAUACAUUCACGCAUCGCUCUCACGCUCCGGUAAUCGAGCUGGCUGAAAAGCUCAUCAGUAUUGCUCCUGUUCCUAUGAGCAAAGCUUACUUUACGAAUUCCGGUUCUGAGGCCAAUGACACCAUUAUCAAGAUGCUCUGGUUUCGCUCGAAUGCCUUGGGGCAGCCGCAGCGUACCAAGAUCAUCGGCCGGAAGCGUGGUUAUCAUGGUGUAACCAUUGCGUCAGCGAGUGCGACUGGGCUGCCUGUCAAUCAUGUGUCGUUUAAUCUGCCUCUGCCUGGCUUCUUGCAUACGACUUGCCCGCAUUACUAUCGGGAUGCUUUUCUGGGUGAAACAGUAGAAGAAUUCACCACCCGAUUGGCACAGGAGCUGGAAGAUAUGAUCCUGGCGGAAGGGCCGGAGACGGUAGCUGCCUUUAUUGGCGAGCCUGUAAUGGGAGCCGGGGGUGUCGUCGUUCCUCCUGUGGGCUAUUGGGAGAAAAUUCAGGAAGUUCUCAAUAAAUAUGACAUUUUGCUGAUUGCAGAUGAAGUGAUUUGCGGCUUUGGCAGAACUGGCAACAUGUUUGGUUCCCAGACCUUCAAUAUCAAGCCAGAUAUCAUGACCCUUUCCAAGCAAAUUUCGUCGUCUUAUCUGCCCAUUUCCGCGUUCAUGUUCAAUGAUCGUGUUUAUCAGCCUGUUGCUGAUGAGAGUGCGCGUCUGGGUGUUUUCGGACAUGGAUACACUGGGUCCGGGCAUCCGGUGGCAGCUGCUGUCGCCGUCGAAAAUCUUAAAAUCAUCGAAGAGCGUAAUCUCGUGGCGAAUGCCCGAGAUACGGGUGCUUAUAUGCUUGAGCGUCUCGGCGAGCUUUCAGACCAUCCAUUGGUGGGUGAAGUGCGUGGCGUGGGUCUUAUCGCUGCCAUCGAACUUGUUGCCGACAAGCAAACGAAACAGCCUUAUGAGAAGGUUGGAGCGCUCGGAAGUAUGGCAAAUGCCGCCAUGUUCAACAAUGGCGUUAUCACUCGCAAUAUGGGUGAUGCGAUAGCCUUUUGCCCUCCCAUGAUCAUAACGCCAGCCCAGGUAGAUGAUGUGAUUGCGGUGACGAAAAAAUCACUUGAUGAGGUUCUGGCAUCUGUAAAAUAG